CACACCUAGUCCUCCUGCUGCUGCUGCUCUGCCAUCAACUACUCUGGAGGAUCAUCCAGAACCAUGGUGCCCAGAAUCUUUGCUGCCGUCUUCAUUUGUGAACUCCUGUUCUCAGGCUCAGAAGGACUCACAGAUACUGGGCUGUGGGUGUGCCAUCCAGCGCCCAGGUGUGGGGACGAGAUCUACAACCCCUUGGAGCAGUGUUGUGAUGAGGGCAGCAUCCUGCCCUUGAACCAUACCCGCCUCUGUGGCCGCAACUGCACCUUCUGGCCCUGCUUCCAGCACUGCUGCCUUGAGUCCUGGGGCUCUCAGAAUCGGGCCGUUGUCAGGUUUAAGGUCCCAGGCACAAAGUCCAACUGCAUUGCCGCCCCCCUCAGCAGGAUCUGUGGCCAGGAAUACUUUCCCAGCAAGCCUUCUACCAGAACUGAAUUUAUCUGGACCAUCCUGAGGAGCAUAGACACAGGACACUCAAGACUGUAAUAUUUGCUGGUCAGCAGUCCUAUGAUAACAUAUAAAGUCUCUAAUACUGGUCGGAUAGCUCAGCUGUUUAGAGCAUCAUCCUGAUACACCAAGGUUGUGGGUUCAAUCUCCAGUCAGGGCACAUGCCAGAAACAAUGUAUAAAUAACUGAAAUCCUAUAUAAUAAAAAGGUAAUAUGAAAAUUGACCCUAAUAGUGGAACCUGGAAGGACUGGUCGCUAUGAUGUGCACUGACCAUCAGGGGGCAGACGCUCAACACAGGAGCUGCCCCCUGGUGGUCAGUGCACUCCCACUGGGGGCGCUCCACUCAGCCACAAGCUGGGCUGAAGGCUGCAAGCACAACGGCAGUCGUGGGAGCCUCUCCCAGCUCCUCAACAGCGCUAAGGAUGUCCAACUGUUGGCUUAGGCCACUCUGGGGAGCGAGCCUAAGCCUUCAGUCUUACAUCCCCCGAGGGCUCCCAGGCUGCCAGAGGAAUGUCUGACUGCCAGCUUAGGCCCAAUCCCCUGGGAAGCGGGCCUAAACCAGCAGGUGGACAUCCCCCAGAUUACAAGAGGGUGCAGGGACACACACCCCCAGUGCACAAAUUGUCAUGCAUCAGGCCUCUAGUGUAUAAAUAAACUGGAACAACAAAGUGGUGUUUCUCUCUCUCCAUCACCCUUCCUCUCUAUCUCAAACCAAUAAAUAAAAUUUUUUAAAAGCUUAAAUACUUUAUUGUAUUUAAAAGUGUUAGAUAAAUAGUGGUAUACAGGCAAUCCUCGGAUUACGUCAGACUCUACAUACGUUGCUUCGUGGUUACGUCGCCAUCUCCCAUUUAUUUAUUUUUUUUAAAAGUUCCAUCAUUUCGACGUAUGUAUAUAUGUGCUUUAUGUUUUUUAUUAUUUAUUUACCACAAGUAAAGGUCAGGAAUUGUUAUCUUUCUUUUAAAUUUUUUUUACUGUUUCACUUCAUUACUGCUGUGUAUAUGCUCCAUGUGAGUGACGUAGGUGCUUAUGUAGGUGGGUUCUGACUUACGGCGAAAAUUGCAUUAUGUCGUGCUGUAGGAACGGAUCUCCGAUGUAACCUAAGGACCUUCUGUACUUGUUAGUUGAUUUAGACAGUCCUGCCUUAACCAGAGAAAGUGGUAGUAGAUUUAAUUAUAUUUCUUUCUUUCUCUAGACUCCAAAUAAUUUUUGUACAUAUGUAUGUAUCCCAGUCUUUUUAUUGAAUUUAUUGGGGUUAAUAAAAUUAUACAAGAU